GGGUUUUUGCUCGCGGGUUGCGCGCGCCGAGCCGAGCUUGUUGGCAGCGGCCGGGAUAGAACCGCUCAGCCCGAGGUUCUCUUUAAAGCUGCAGGUUCGAGUCUCCGGUGGUGCAUUUCCCCCGUAUCCACUCACAUUAAGGGAGUGGGAUAGAAAAUAGCUGAGUGUGAUGCGAGCUUCCCCCGUUUCUCCUCUACUCUCUCAUUUGCACGCAGCGCUCCCACGUACUCCUUGCUCUGGGUGUUAGGAAAGAAACCUUCACUCUCCCCCGCCCCGCUCCACCUGGAUUUGUCUGUUUUCUUCUCCGGGACUCGCCUGCUUGAAGAGAGCUCGGCGGCUCUUUGGCUGGUGGUGCUUCGCUCGUUUGGGGAUCCCCCCUCCUCCCUUGUACCUCCUGCUCCUUUUUUUGGCUGGUUUCGCCUCGCUGCCCGAGGGACACCCUCUGCGGGCUCGGGCUCCAUGGCGACUGGGUUGGUGGAGCUGGUCUAUGGACUUUCGGAAGAAGAGGAGGAGUCUCGUAUCCUUAGAGUUAAAGUUGUAGCUGGGGUAGAGCUAGCCAAAAAGGACAUAUUUGGAGCAAGUGACCCAUAUGUGAAACUUUCAUUGUAUGUAGCAGAUGAAAACCGAGAACUUGCCUUGGUGCAGACAAAAACUAUUAAAAAGACACUGAAUCCAAAAUGGAAUGAAGAAUUUUAUUUCAGAGUAAAUCCAUCUAAUCAUAGACUGCUUUUUGAAGUAUUUGAUGAAAAUAGAUUGACCAGAGACGACUUCCUGGGUCAGGUGGAUGUGCCACUUAAUCAUCUUCCGACUGAAGACCCAACCAUGGAAAGGCCAUAUACAUUUAAAGAUUUUCUUCUCCGACCAAGAAGUCACAAAUCUCGAGUAAAGGGGUUUUUGAGGCUGAAGAUGGCUUACAUGCCAAAGAAUGGUGGCCAAGAAGAGGAUGGUGAUCAGAGGGAGGACCCUGAGCAUGGCUGGGAAGUGGUAGACUCCAACGAUUCUCCCUCUCAACGUCAAGAAGAGUUACCACCACCUCCUUUGCCUCCUGGAUGGGAAGAAAAAGUGGACAAUCUUGGCCGUACCUACUAUGUCAACCAUAACAACAGGUCAACACAGUGGCACCGACCAAGUUUGAUGGAUGUGGCAUCCGAAUCGGACAACAACAUUAGGCAGAUAAAUCAAGAGGCGGCCCACCGAAGGUUUCGAUCCAGGAGACACAUUAGCGAAGAUUUGGAUCCAGAGCCUUUGGAGAGUGGAGAGGUACCUGAGCCUUGGGAAACCAUUUCAGAAGAAGUGAAUGCAAGUGGCGAUUCCUUGAGCCUUUCCUUGCCACCCCCACCUGCUUCGCCCAUAUCUCGGACCAGUCCUCAGGAGCUGUCUGACGAACUGAACAGAAGACUUCAAAUCACUCCUGAUUCAAAUGGGGAACAACUCUCUUCUAUGAUUCAAAGAGAUCCUUCUGCAAGGUUAAGAUCUUGCAGUGUAACUGAUGCAGUUGCUGAGCAAUCCCAUUUAUCACUGCAGAGCGGCCCAUCUAGGAGAACUCGUUCUUCAACUGUCACUGGUGGUGAAGAGUCAACGCCAUCAGUGGCCUAUGUACAUACUACACCGGGCUUACCUUCAGGCUGGGAAGAGAGAAAAGAUGCUAAGGGACGUACUUAUUAUGUCAAUCAUAACAAUCGAACCACAACUUGGACUCGGCCUAUCAUGCAGCUUGCCGAGGAUGGUGCAACUGGGUCAACAUCAAACAGUAACAACCAUCUAAGUGAGCCUCAGAUAAGACGGCCUCGUAGCCUCAGUACUCCCACAGUAACAUUAUCUGCGCCACUUGAGGGACUGGUCAAGGAUUCUCCUGUGCGAAGAGCUGUGAAGGACACCCUUUCCAACCCACAGUCUCCGCAGCCUUCUCCAUAUAAUUCUCCAAAACCACAGCAUAAAUUGACACAAAGUUUCUUACCUCCUGGCUGGGAGAUGCGAAUAGCACCCAAUGGCAGACCUUUCUUUAUUGAUCAUAACUCAAAGACCACUACAUGGGAAGAUCCACGGCUGAAAUUCCCAGUACACCUGCGACCAAAACCUGCUUUAAACCCUAAUGACUUGGGUCCCCUUCCUCCUGGUUGGGAGGAAAGGAUACAUUUGGAUGGAAGAACGUUUUAUAUAGAUCAUAGAAGCCAGGUGUUGAUAUGUGGCGACAUUCAUACCCGAGACUUAGUGCCCUCCUACGAUAAUAAAAUUACCCAGUGGGAAGAUCCCAGACUACAGAAUCCUGCUAUUACUGGUCCGGCUGUUCCCUAUUCCAGAGAGUUUAAACAGAAAUACGACUACUUCAGGAAGAAGUUAAAGAAACCAGCUGAUAUACCAAACAGAUUUGAGAUGAAACUCCACAGAAAUAAUAUUUUUGAAGAAUCGUACAGAAGAAUCAUGUCGGUGAAGAGACCAGAUGUAUUAAAAGCCAGACUCUGGAUAGAGUUUGAAUCAGAAAAGGGCCUUGACUAUGGUGGUGUGGCCAGGGAAUGGUUCUUCCUCUUGUCCAAAGAAAUGUUCAAUCCUUAUUAUGGCCUCUUUGAAUAUUCAGCAACGGACAACUACACUCUGCAAAUCAAUCCUAAUUCAGGUCUUUGUAAUGAAGACCAUUUGUCUUACUUCACCUUUAUUGGGCGUGUGGCUGGACUGGCAGUGUAUCAUGGGAAGCUUUUAGAUGGUUUCUUCAUUAGGCCUUUUUACAAGAUGAUGCUGGGAAAACCAAUAACCCUGAAAGACAUGGAGUCGGUGGACAGCGAAUAUUACAACUCCUUGAAAUGGAUCCUGGAAAAUGACCCCAUGGAGCUGGAUCUCAUGUUUUGCAUAGAUGAAGAAAACUUUGGGCAGACAUACCAAGUUGACUUGAAGCCAAAUGGAUCAGAUAUCAUGGUCACAAAUGAAAACAAAAGGGAAUAUAUUGACUUAGUCAUCCAGUGGAGGUUUGUCAACAGGGUUCAAAAGCAAAUGAACGCAUUUCUGGAGGGUUUCACGGAACUCCUGCCUACUGACUUGAUUAAAAUUUUUGAUGAAAAUGAGCUGGAGUUGCUAAUGUGCGGCCUUGGUGAUGUUGAUGUCAAUGACUGGAGACAGCACACAAUCUACAAGAAUGGAUAUUGUCCAAACCAUCCUGUCAUUCAGUGGUACUGGAAGGCUGUUCUACUGAUGGAUGCUGAGAAACGUAUCCGGCUAUUGCAAUUUGUAACUGGGACAUCACGAGUGCCUAUGAAUGGAUUUGCUGAACUUUAUGGUUCAAAUGGUCCUCAGCUGUUUACAAUAGAGCAAUGGGGAAGUCCUGAGAAAUUACCCAGAGCUCACACGUGCUUUAAUCGCCUUGACUUACCUCCGUAUGACUCUUUUGAAGAAUUGCGAGAGAAGCUCCUUAUGGCAGUUGAAAAUGCUCAAGGAUUUGAAGGAGUGGAUUAAGACAGCGCCUGUUCCUUACUGUUAUUAUUAUUGUUGUUAUUAUUGUUAUUAUUUUUAAAGCAAAGGUUCUGUUCACGGAGCAAGUUCUGCGUGCACUUUUCAAUUUGCCUGACAGACAUUUACAAGACACAGAGGCAGAACAAUUGCACAGUGGUUGGUUCAUGGAGCAAACUCUUGUACAGUGCAGAUGUCUAAAUCCAGCGAUUGGAAGUAACUUUCUCUCACCUGUGGAUAGUAUUUCUGAAAUUUCCAUGGCAAAUUACCGAUUGGUUGAUGUGUACUCUGACUACAUUUCAGCGGGACUUGUUCUAUUUAUGUGGUGCCUCUGUAGGCAAAAGCCCUUAAUAAAUGUUUUACAUACUUUCUAAUGACAAUGAAUGGAAUUAAUCAUUUUGCAGGUAUAGUAUUACAGCUCAUGUUUACUUUUUAAAAAUGAUUUAGACAUUUUCAAAUUUUAUUUAAAUACAAUUAAACAAAAAAAACCUCUCA